ACGAUAUACUCAAUAUUUUAUACAAAAUAUUAUAAAAAUGGCUUUAACUAAAGAAGAGAAAAAGGCAAAAAAGGAAGCUAAAAGGCUAGAGAAAUUAAAGGCAGAGGCUGAAGAACGGAAGAGACUAAAAAAUGAAGAACUCAAACGAGAAAUGGUUGCGCAGGCUCGGAGACGAGGGGCAUUGGAUAAAAAAUGGAGAGACCUGAUGCUUAAAAUAAAAGAACCUGUCUUCAAACAAGAUAUCGAAGUCUUUUGGCACAGUUUUGAUAGGACUGUUGAUAAGAAAAAUCAUUAUAUCAACAACAUAAUGAAACUUAUAAACUUAGCGGAUGAUCAGUUCCAGCGAACUGUAGCUAGUUUUUGCGACACCUUAGACACUAUGAUUCUAAACUUUUUGACUGGUAUUGAAAAUAUCUCUGAAGAGAAUGAUCGUAGAACUGCUGCUUUAUUAAAAAUGGGGGAAACAGAAUCAAAUCAAAUUAAAUCAGAUCAUAAUGCAGCAGAAACUCACUUGCAAUUAUUAAUAUUCCAUGGGCACACUACAGCCGAUACUCUUGCUUGGACAACACGCGGAGAAAACUUAGUAAAAGAAGAUGAGGAUCGAAACAAAUAUGCUAGCGAACGGGAAAAUCUUCGUUCUCACUUAGAAAACUCGUAUAAUACAAUGUGGGAUGAUUACAAAGCUAUUCUUAAAAACUACGUCUUAAAAACUGCUGCCAAUCAAAAAGCAGUGCGUCGAUUACGCCGUAAAGAAAACUUGAUGGCAGACAUAAUCGCAUCACAAGCUAAGAAAAUAGCUGACAGUGAUGGUUUACUUAGGAGACUUCGAAAUGAACUUGCUGCCUAUGAAUCUGGAACGAAACAAGCUGUUUUUAGGGACCGUCGUGAUAGACAUAGAUCAGCUUGUUUUCGUUUAAAGCAGAUAUUAUUCGACGGUUGUAAAACAGAUACAAAACAAAUGGCAAAUUUAGUAAAAGCUUCGGACAAUACAAUGGAAUGGCUGAGAGAGGCUCAUAAAAAAGGUGAGAAAAUCCUUCGCCUUGCUGGACUAUGUCGAAAAUUCGAAACUCAACGAGAAAAAGUUUUACCGUUCGGAUUAUCUAUACCCCAUUCUCCAGUACAGUCUAAAACAAAUCUGAGGAGACUUCAAUCAGAUGAUUCCUUAGUAAUGAAGGCAAUUUCAACAUCUUGCGGUCUAACAAGACUAUGGCAAAAGAUUUCUAAAGCUGAAUUAACUCGGAAAGCCUUGGCAAGAGAGAAGGCGCUACUUGAACGAGAGAAUGCUCUUCUUCUCCUUCAAAUAGAACAGCAAGAUAGCAAUCAAUUUCAACCUGAAACUAAAAAAUGUAUCUGUGAUAAAAUAACGAAACGGACCUCAAUGUCUAAGCCAGUUCCGAUAGACGGAAGUAUGGAAAUGAGGAAGUAUUGCAUAGCUCGUUAGGGUGUCCGAUUUUUAUGCACCUAAUACUUAUUUGCGAUCUUGUGCAAUACCUUAAUAAUUAAAAGAGUUAAUUUUAGAGUACAAUACGUCAUGAGACAUUUGUAUUAAUUCCGCGGCAGACGGCGCGAACGUUGCAUGUCGCAAUGACGCGAGACCUACACGCGGCUCAAACGAUGCCACUAUGACCUUACCCACUUCUAAAACCGUGGGACAGGCAACGAUCGAUAAGCGUUUUGGAAUGUGCUUUAAAUAUUUUUUUUAUAAAUAUCUUGUAGUGUUAUUUUUACCUUUGAAUUGUGAAUAUAAUUGCCUUCCAAGCAUUCUAACCAUUGUUUUUAAAGAUAUUUCGAGCGUUAAAUUAUGUAUUUUAAUAAAUUUAUGAUAA